AGUGGGCGGAGUGAUCCGCGCCGAACAACAACAACAACACGCUCUACGCCGGUGACGCAGUCGGUUGCUAGGUGUGAAUGGACUGAUGCUUUGUCUCGGCCAGGCGGCUCCUCAGUUUACAAGUCGACCACAACAAAGCAGCAUCUUCUCCUCUCUGUUUACUUUUCUCUCUCUCUCCUCCUCCCGUCGUUCCGGGUUGCUCGGAGCUAAACAUGGCUCUUUAAGUUCUUUGUUGACGUCGCUGGACACGAAGAGAAGUCGUGCUUUGCUUUAGCAACGCACCCCCAAGUGCACUACAGUUUCCCCGCAAGAAUGGAGUUUCAUUAUGCUCACCCUGCCCUGCUCUCUGUGGCCCAUCUGUCAGACCCCGCUCGCGCUCAGCGUAUGCUCAGACUUGGACUAAGCCAAGGUGUCAACGGGCAAAAUGAUGGCGACGUCAGCUCCUGUUUGGAGGACUCUUCGUGUCUGCCCGGCAGACCCCCUCACUCUCUCUCACCCACAGGCUAGCCACAGCCAAUCACAGGGGCGCAGGGGGGAGGUGUCAGAGGAGAGCCCGCAUUUAAUUGGUGAUGGUCUCACCGACUGGAUGACGGAAGAAGUGGAUUUCUCCUCGUACCUCCCAAAUCCUCCCUCCCCUCCCUCCUCCACCAAUGCCUCCCUUCCCCCUUCACCCCUUCAGAAUGAUAUCCAGGUGCCCUCUGACUUGGAGGUCAUGACCUCUUUGCUGCAGGAGGAACUCGCCCAGCUGGAGGACUACUUCCUGUCUGAGCCCCUGCCCGAGAAAGGGCAGAGGCUGGGAAGAUGCGACAGGGGUCCACUGGCGGCGGGUCCUCAGCCAUUCGGUCAACUGCCAUACGCCUCGUACUCUGCGUCCGCCCAAUCGGAGCCCAACCCACUUCUUGUUACCCUGGCAACCGGAGAGCUGGACCUGCUGAGCAUCUGCGGCGGGUCCAUAGGGCGAUCCAAAAUUCCCAGACAUGCCCCGUACAGCUGCAGCCGCCCCAGUGGGUGCGGUAGGAAAAGAGUCCUGGAGGGCGUGAGGUUCGGCGAAGCCUACGAAAGCGCCGCGUUGGCCUCCAAAGGGAGUAACUCAGGUAACGCUGCUGUGACCCUAGCCGGUAAUUAUGGCUGCGCGGAGGAUGAGCAGCUGGUGGGCAAAAGCUACUGCCUGGGCAACGCCGUCGAGGUCCGACGAUGCGCCGGCUUAUCCAAAGACGAGAAAACCUGCUGCUUCACCCAAGACGCGACGAGCGGCGCCAAGGCCGCCGGCGGCGGAUUUGGCUUCGGCGGAGCCCUGGACGCCGCCCAGAAGAAAGAGGACGUGCUGAUGUACAGCAUGAGGGAGGUCAGCAACGAGGCGCUGGGCGGCGUCAGGACCGGCGCGGAGGUGACGAAGGCCGCCGCCGCGUCGUGGAAGACCGGCGGCGACGACGGCUGCUACAUCCCGGCGGCGCCUCAGUCCGAGGCCUACGCCAGCUUCUUGGGGAACAUCGGCGAACAGGUGAAAACGGAGAGUCUGCAGCUGCUGCCGCCGCCUGAUUUACACGGCACUUACCUCGAGGAUCAGGCCCCAGAAUGCUUUCUGAUGGCGAGGGAGAGUCUGAACCUGGACACCUCAGGGCACAGGCAGCCUUGCAGGCUGAGGGAAGACCACUGCGCUGUGAAAUACGAAGUCGACAUCAUUCCCCACGAAGGCGGGGAGCGGAAGCAGAAGAAGAGGGAUCAGAACAAAACCGCCGCUCAUAGGUAUCGGCAGCGAAAAAGGGCGGAGCUAGAUUCCCUGGAGGAGCAGCUGCACUGCCUGGAGGGGAGGAACCGCGAGCUGCGAGACAAGGCCGAGUCGGUGGAACGCGAAAUCCAGUACGUCAAAGACCUGCUGAUCGAAGUUUACAAGGCGCGCAGCCAAAGGCUCAAGCAGGACACGACCGCGUAAACACAGCGCCGCUGCAAGUACACUCAGACCGGGCAAACGCCGGGAAAACGCGCAACUUCUUGUGUUUUUUUUCUGUUUCCUCGUGAACUGAAUGUUUCAUGUUGUUGAUUUUGUUUGAUGAGUUAUUAUUAUUUUUUUUUUCGUUGGUGUUUUAUAUGGUGCGGGGGCCACUGCAUGCUUUGCUGAUGUGAAUAGUUUUCUGAAUUUUAAAUCAGCACCUCAUCUGUUUUUUGGCACUAAAAUCACCCGAGCCUUCACUGUGGCGCUGCAAAUGCUUUACCUGACAAUCAUCUUUAACAGAUCUUCCUCUGAGUCUACUGAAUGAAUUGGGGUUAUAUGGGGGGGUGUAAUGUCAUUUAAACGGCAGGUUAUGUAUUUAUUAAUAGCCUUACAUUGAAAUUGAUGUCAGCAAUAGAAGCUAAUGAGUUUUUUUUCUAUUUAAUUAUUACUUUUGAAAUAAAGUUGCUGUAAGUUAUGGCAGUAGAAGGAUUAGUGAUUGUGUUUUUUGGUUUCUCUAACAAACAUUCCUGUAUUUUUUUUUUUUUUUUUUUUUCCCCGUUUUACUAAUUAGAACUUUUAAGUUUUAAAAUUUAAGAAAGAUCCAUCUUAAUGUAGCUCCAAGUACGGUAUUUAAGUUCACAAUAUUUCAAACUGUUUGCUCAAUUUCUCUAUUUACUAAACCGUUAAUUGUACCAGAUCAAACCACUGAAAUGUUCAAUUCAUUCUGCGCAAACCAGUGCAUCCACUAACUCUGCUUUAUAAAGUAAACUGACAUGUUUGAUGUGUGACGGCUGUAAAGUUUACUUUGCAAUAAAUAAAUCUGUUUUGCAGCUCAGGAUAAAUUGUCUGUCCUCCAGAUCUAUAAACAUCAGCAGAUUAAUCAUUGCAGGAGGUAACAGACUUGAAGCGUUUGGGUUUAUCUCUCUCUUUCUCUUCUGUAGGAUUUCACGUUUCCCUCUUGGAUAUAUAUAUUAAAAAAAAAAAGGUUUUAUAUUGGGGUGCAAACAUUGUAAUCAGUAGUGUUUUUAGCAGCCUUCCUCUGCAUGCUCUUGCUGUGUUCUCUAAGAAUCAGAUAUGAGGACUUUCUCCUUAAACUGCUUAAGGCAAUAAGUUUUAUAAGCCUCCAGCUGCACUAAUUUGUAACUUUUUAUAUGUUCAGGGAGUGGGGUGUGUGUUUUUUUGUUUCUUUUUUUUCUAGAAAAAAAAGGGAAAACCCCAAAAGGACCAGAUGUAGUUAUUUUUGAGCCUUGUGAAUAUUUUUGCGAUUCAUUUGCUAUGUAUAGAGAAACUGAUUUUGCACAUUUCUUUACCAAGCUUUUCUUUUAUUCUUUGCACAUUCCAUUUUCCGACAAUCACGUGUUGCUGUCUGCUUUUUUUUUUUUUUUUUUUGGCUCGACGCUCAUGAUGUUUUAACCCCCCCUGCGGUGUACUAUCAACAGAAAUAAGUUGAAACCAAAAAUACGGGCCGACAACUAAUUGUAUCUCCUUGUUAUUUUAAGGUCAUCCACCGAUGUACGUUUCUUUUUGUGUGGUGUAAACUAUUUCCAUUAAAAGAAAAAGAAAAAAAAAA